AUGACCGAAAAAUACUUCUUCGAUCCAACCAGUCCACAAGCACCACCUAAAGACAAAAACGCAACAACAUCAUCAUCAGCUUCCAUGCUGCCGACCUCUGGCAAGGGAAAACUAGUCCGUGUUUCCCGAGUUGCUAAGCAAAAGGCUUUACAGCAGUUUGGUCCACAGUCUGAUGACAAAAACGCAUAUGCCAAAACGGGAGAAAAAGGAGUGUCUGGUCCAGACACGCCUAUUGCAGCAUUGUUGAUAAAGAGAAGAUCGCAUCGUUCUGAGAUUGUUCCCGGCAAGAAGGUCACAAACAAUACUAGAACAUGUAAACCACAUAUCAAGCACAAGGUUGAUGACGACGAAGACUAUGUUCCAAGUCAGAUCGAGAAGAAGAGGAACAAGAACAAGAACAAGCAGUCUAGCGCAAAGCGCAAAGCGGAUAGGGACACCAAAGAGGACGGGAAGCAGAACAAGAAGCCACGGCUGCAGGCAAAUAACCCUGAGGGUUCAAUCGAUUGUGCAGAAAAGCAACGAGAUCAAUCGAAAUCAUUCAUCAAACCUGCAUCAUCUGCCGUAUCUUCGCGACAUUCGCUGAUUGCAGGACUGAAGGGUUCACAGAAGCCAAUAGACGCCUCUCAGACAAGGUUCAAAAAACCAAUGUUACCUUCACACAUCACUCAAGCGCCGUUGACCCCGACGAAGCCGAAGAAGAAACUUGUGGAGACACAGAAACGGCUCCACACGCCAAGGGAUGCAAGGAGACCUCUUCUCGAUGACGUUUUCUCACAAAUGCCAUCGUCGCCACCGAUACCUUACGAAGCCGACGAAAUGAAUGAUUGGUCACAGGAUACUCGAGCUGUGACAGCGAUACUGUCGAGCAACAGCAAGCCUAUACCCGCAUCACCAAACGCAGAAUCAACGGCUAUAUCCGGCCACGCAAAUUGCGAUGAUGUAGCGCAUGAGAAGCGGGCAGGAGAUUCGCAAACUGCAAAAAGUGAUCCUUUCACACGAAGGACCAAGAGCGGAAAAGCCACAUCGUUCUUACGUCGUUUGACAGAGGACGGAUCAAAAGUUGUUGAUCUGGAUCUUAGCAACCAAUGUAGUACUCUUGCUGGUGACUGCCGUAACGACCAGCAACACACUUCAGAAGCCGAAAUUUUGCCUGUUUAUCUCGAUUCUUCGCCACCAAGGGUGCACUCGCCUAUUAGCAGUCACAGUUCGACCUCUGCCGAGUAUUUAUUCUCCUCCGAACCCCAGCUACCUUCGUCAGAAGCCGAAGAGAUUGGGUGGGAGAAGAGCUUUGAGCCUCAUCAGUGCAGCCUACAUGAUGUCUUGAUCAGUACGUCGAAACGGGUCGUGCGUCAUAUCGUCGAUAGCGAGACGGGCCUCGACGAAAUUGCAGAGACGUUUGCAACACAUGGUGAGUAUAUACAAGAGUCGCUCCUGUCCCAACAUGACGACGACUACAAACACGCGUUCGCCGAUAUGGAGAGUAAAAGGGGUGCUCUCCGAGAAGAGCUUGAGCAGGCCAUUAAGCGAAUGGCUGGCGAGCGGAAGCGAAUUGGUUUUGAUGGAACCUUGCACCCGCCAAUAGAAAGAUAG